AUGAAGUCGGCGCUGUGCAGCCGCUUCUUCAUCCUCCUGCCCUGGAUCCUGAUCGUCAUCAUCAUGCUGGACGUGGAUCCCCGCAGGCCCGCGCCCCAACUCACUUCGCGCCCCUACUUCUCUCCCCACACAGUGGGCUGCGGGGGCUCCCGAGUCCCGCUCCGACGGGGCAGCCUAGGGCGUGACGCUGCCGAGAAGCGCAACGGGUCCCGGCCUCCUCCGUUGCAGCCGGAGCCGCGGUUGCCCACCAUCUAUGCCAUCACGCCCACCUACAGCCGCCCGGUGCAGAAAGCCGAGCUGACCCGCCUGGCUAACACGUUCCGCCAGGUGGCGCAGCUGCACUGGAUCCUGGUGGAGGAUCGAGCCACACGCAGCGAGCUGGUGAGCAGCUUCCUGGCGCGGGCCGGGCUGCCCAACACGCACCUGCACGUGCCCACGCCGCGGCGCUACAAGCGGCCGUGGCUGCCGCGCGCCACCGAGCAGCGCAACGCGGGCCUCGCCUGGCUGCGCCAGAGGCACCAGCACCAGAGUGCGCAACCCGGGGUGCUCUUCUUCGCCGACGACGACAACACCUACAGUCUGGAGCUCUUCCAGGAGAUGAGGACCACCCGCAAGGUCUCCGUCUGGCCUGUGGGCCUAGUUGGCGGGCGACGCUAUGAACGUCCAUUGGUGAAAAAUGGCAAAGUUGUCGGCUGGUACACCGGGUGGAGAGAAGACCGACCUUUUGCCAUCGACAUGGCGGGCUUUGCUGUGAGUCUGCAAGUCAUCUUGUCCAAUCCUAAAGCUGUAUUUAAGCGCCGUGGAUCCCAGCCAGGGAUGCAAGAAUCUGACUUUCUAAAGCAGAUAACAACAGUUGAAGAACUGGAACCAAAAGCUAGUAACUGCACCAAGGUUCUCGUGUGGCACACUCGGACAGAGAAGGUCAAUCUAGCCAAUGAGCCCAAGUCCCACCUGGACACAGUGAACAUUGAGGUGUAGCCGCCAAGACUAGCAGGUGUAGAAGGGGAAGUCUGGAGUUUAGGCUGCAGCUCAUUCAGGUAUUGUUCCUUUUUCUUCAGUCUUUCCUGGCAGCCGAUGGACAUCUGGUUAAACAGCUAACUGGAUGCUACAAAAUGUGUUGUCUUCAUUUGUUCUGCAUGUGUUCUCAAAAAUGUAACUGGGAAGAUUUCUGUACAAUGAACUACAUGACACUGAAAAAAAACACUGAGUAUCUCAUGUAUUGCUGCUCCCUCCCUCCAGCCAUCUCAUAAAUGAUGGAAUAGGCUUUAGAACCUGAUGAUGAGCAUUUUGUCAACUAAACAGUCCCGGUUCUUCGCUCCACAACAUGAAAUAUUUGGAAAGGUGGUGGCAGUGUAUGCUGUAGAAAAUAAAACCCACAAAUAAAAAAGGUGUGUGGAUUCAUCUGUUUAAUAUAGGGAAAUAACAUUUUGUCAAUACUAGGCACCAUAAAAUGUAAACACAAUUACUGUCAUAAACCUGGACAUACCUUCAAGGAUUAAAAGUGGCUUUGUUUUAGUUACCCUGUGUGCAUAUAGUGCAGAAAAAAGGUCUUCGUAAUAGCACUAUGUACAUGAGAAGAGGUCCAAAUUACAAGAGGCAGCAAAAAUUUGAAUUCUUGAAACAUUCAUUAAGUUUGACAGUAACAUCCAGGUUUAUCUUCCUUUCACUAACCACAUUCCCUGUUAAGCACAUCAUAACAACAGCACAGUGAAGUGAGUGAUGAAGAAAAGAAUUUGAUACACUAGAAAACAGUGCUCAGUGAUACAUUUACAUUCUAUUAUAUGAUUAAACAUUGGAUCAUACAGUACCUUCCUACAGGAUUACUGGCUAAUUUGGGGUUGGGGUUUAUACUGUUAGAAGUAUUACUAACAUGAUAACUACUUCCCUUAUAUGCAAACAUUAGAGCUAUAAUUUUGAGAAUAAAACCGAUUAUGCAAGUUAACUGAGCAGCUUCUCAAUGUGGCUUAUGACAUCAUGGGAAAUAUGAGCAAAGCUGCCCUCCACAGAAGAUGGUUUCUCAACCUGCUUUCACAUCUAAUUUAAUCAGCACAGACCAACACGGUCAAUCAGGUAAUUCUUAAUGUGAACAAAUGGGAGAAAAGAAAAUACAUAUGUACAUGAAUAAACGGGAACUAGAUGCCUUUGUAGUGAGGAAUGUCGGGUGUUGGUUUUGGAUGGAACUCUGUUGCAGCUUUUCACUUCCACAGUUGUGUGCUCAGAGUCUGCCCAGAUGAGCUUCCAGACCACCCUGCUGUUGUGCUGGGGGGCUGGCCAAAACCUGUGGUAGGGUUUGCACUACUGAGACUCAUGCCAGCCAUUUGCUGAUUCAUCUGUGAAACACAUAAAAGGCUUAGUUUACGAGGAUUGUUCACUUUUCAUUCUGGAUUCUUAGCUACAGACAGACAUUUCAUCAUUAAUAUGAAAAGGAGUCAGAGCAGUGAUGGAAGUAGACCAUGCCUAAGUACCUCUAUUGAAUCAAAUCGCUUUGUUCCUUGUUUUUCCCUGUGUUUAGCACUACUUAGGAAGUAAUCCAUACUUAAUUCACUUUCUAUACUCAAAUUUUUAUCCCAAAGAUUAACCACAAUUGAAAAAAUACCACAGUAAUCUUUGAAUUUGUAUGUGAGCAGAUGAGCCCAUCACUCUUUCAACUACAUGAGGGUAUUUCUUAGACUGAGAAAUUUUAAAAAUUUAAAACAUCCUAAAAUUACCGUAACAUUUUACAAAAUACCUGUAAUUCUCUACUAACAUCCUAAAUGGCUAUAGUAUACUUUUAUAACAUUAAA